AUGACGCAGAGGAGAAGGCAAAAGUAAAGCAGGCAGCAGACUGCUGUAGAAGGAUCCUCUGUCACGUUAACCAGGCUUUUAAAGAGUCUGAGGACAAGCAGGACUUGUGAGCAGUUUGUUUCCUUUCCAUCAGGCAAAACCCCUUUCAACAAGAG